AAUUACUUCAGAGAAUGUGGCUGAAAGAUUUGGGGUGACAAGACAGGAACAGGAUGAGUUUGCUUUCAGUUCCCAACUCAAGGCCAAGAAAGCUGCCGAUGCAGGCUUAUUUGAUGCAGAAAUUGUGCCAGUUGCAACAACAGUCAAAGACGAGAAUGGCAAAGCAAAGACUGUCACUGUGUCUAAAGAUGAAGGAAUCCGGCCUACAACUCUUGACAGUUUGACAAAGCUAAAACCAGCAUUUAAAGCUAAUGGUUCAACUACUGCGGGUAAUGCAAGUCAAGUAAGUGAUGGUGCUGCAGCGGUUUUACUGAUGACUCGUGAAGAGGCACAACGAAGGGGUCUGCCAGUUCUAGGCAUCCUGCGUUCAUUUGCUGUUAAGGGUUGUCCACCAGAUGUUAUGGGCAUUGGACCAGCUGUUGCUAUUCCAAUUGCUCUAGAAAAAGCAGGACUUACAGUGAAUGAUAUCGACAUCUAUGAAAUCAAUGAAGCAUUUGCCAGCCAAGCAGUUUACUGUGUGAAACAAUUAGGCAUCCCUAUAGAGCGAGUCAAUCCUAAAGGUGGCGCAAUUGCCCUGGGUCAUCCGUUGGGGUGUACAGGAGCUCGACAAAUUGGAACUCUGUUGCAUGAACUAAAGCGAAGGGGUCGAAGAGCUUACGGUGUGACUUCCAUGUGUAUGGGGACAGGAAUGGGAGCAGCUGCUGUAUUUGAGUAUCCAGGGUCUUCUUGA